AUGGAAGCCGACGACGCCCAGAUCAAGGCCCACAUCGAGAGCCUCGUGGCCAACAACCUUCCGCGCUCGCCUAUCUACAACUUCCUUCUUUCAAAUGUCCACAUUCACUCGGCAACCAAGGGCUGCGUAAAGGCCAGACUGAAGCUCACCAAGAACCACAUCAACUCUGGUGGCGGUAUCCAUGGCAGUGUGUCGGCGACUAUUGUUGACUGGGCCGGCGGCAUGGCCAUCGCGACAUGGGACCUUCGAGAGAGGACGGGUGUCUCAGUCGACAUCCACGUGAGGUAUCUCUCGUCUGCUAAGGACGGCGAUGAGAUUGAGAUUGAAGCAACCGCCGACAAGGUUGGAGGGUCUCUCGCCUUCACAAAGAUCCUUAUUUCCAAGAUUGUCGACGGGGAGCCUGGGCCAAUUGUCGCCAGUGGCACCCAUACGAAGUAUGUCAAGCAACGAUCAUAG